AGCCUCGCGUGCUUUGGGGGCAAUGCAGAGCCCUUGGAAGGGAUUGGCCUGGGCUAAAGCAUCUAAAGAUCCUAGGAUUGCUGCAGGUCAACAGUCCCCAAUGGAGAAAAAGAUCUUGAAUCUAGGUGGUGUGCAUACAACAGCAGCAAGACAAUUGAUAAAUCAAAAAUAUCAAGAGGAGUAUGAAACACUCUGUAAAGAGCAGGCUCUUUCUCUUGACUACUGGCUUGCCAAAGCAGAGUCUUAUUACAAUAAAAGAAUAGUGGAAAUGAUGAAAGAAGAGGAGACAGGCAAUGAAAUCAAGAAGAAAAUGGAGGGGAAAACAACCCAAAGCAUACAGGGACAAAAACAGUACUAUUUGCUACCCAAGAGAGAGAUGAAACACAUAGAAAGGCACAUACAUCAAACAGGCCAGGCCAGAGAAUUUAAGAACAAAACAUUUAGACAGAUACUACAACCCCCCACUGAAACAACAUUACCGAAAAUUAGGCCAGAAGACUAUGGCAUCCAGAAUGCACAGAGAAGAAAGCAGGUAAAUGACAGGGAACAGAUGCAAAUUAAAGAUCACCAAGAACGUAUGAUUCGAGGUAGAGAACUUAAAGAGCAAAAACUCAAGGAAAGAAUCUUGAGAAAAAGCCAGUACCAGCCACCUACAUAUGAGAAGCGUGAAAGCGUAAAGAAAGAGAUAAAAGAGUUUGAAAGAGUUAUUGCAUAUCCACUCUUCCAGCCACACAGUAGAAGUCAACUUAAAGUGAAUGUUCUUAUGGAAAAGUCUCAGAAUAGAGAGGAAGCAAAUACAAUUAUAAAACCAUAUGAAAGGAAAUUCUUGGCUGUGCCACCCUUUUUGAGAAGUCAAAUAGGAAAAAUAAAAGCUUGGUAA